AUGAUCACAAAAUCUAUCUAAUUAAUCAAACACCUACAAAAACAGUUUCACUCUAUUCUUCUGAAUUUCCUUAACAUCAAGGAACAACAUCUAUCUCUUGUGGAUUUAAUAAAGCCUUAAUAUCUGGAAAGAGUAAAAAGAUUAAAAUCAAAACCCCCAAAAAAAUGGCAUCAUCAAGCUCCUACAACUCUCCAUGUGCAGCCUGCAAAUUCCUACGCAGGAAAUGCACGCCAGGCUGCAUAUUUGCACCCUAUUUUCCUCCCGAAGAGCCUCAAAAGUUCGCCAAUGUUCACAAAAUCUUCGGAGCAAGCAAUGUUACCAAGCUUCUCAACGAACUUCUUCCGCACCAACGUGAAGACGCCGUCAAUUCCUUAGCUUACGAAGCCGAGGCUCGAGUCAGAGAUCCUGUUUAUGGCUGCGUAGGCGCCAUUUCUUACCUUCAAAGACAGGUUCAAAGACUACAAAAAGAACUUGAUGCAGCCAAUGCCGAUUUACUACGCUAUGCUUGCCAUGAUAUUAGUUCUACCACCGCCGCGUUGCAGGGGAUUCCACCCCCACCACCUCCGCCGCCUCGUCCGACAAUUGAUCAAUUUGGUGGGUUUUAUCAACCGUCUGAUCAUAAUUAUACUUACCCUAUUCUUCCUUGGAGUGAUAUGAAUGUUGAUCAAAGAGGUGAUGAUGAUCAAGGUAAUAACAUGUGAUUUUAUAAUAUUGUUUUUCAUCAACCCUAGCUAUUAUUUAGCUAGCUUAGCUUUUUAAUGGUGGCAUAAUUAAGGUGAUGGAGAACUUAUAUAUAAUUAAACUCAUCAUGAUAUUAUGUUUUUUUAUGCUUUUAGAAAGCGGAUAUUUUUUUAAUCUGGAUAAAGGUCGGAAGAUUCUCUACAGGCAAGGAGAAAAGGGCAUUAUUUUUUUACUAUCCAGUGAAAAUAUAUUGAACUUGUAGUACUUUUUGUUGGAGUUCUUUCUUUUUUUGGGAGAGUUUUCCAAUUCUUUUUUUUGAGGGUCAAUAUAUAUUAUUAUUAAUUUUGAG